AGAAUCGCCAUCCUCCCUCCUCUCUCUGCCCCACGAGGCUUGAUAUCUGCGCUCAUGGCUGGGUCCCAACCCCUUGUCUCCCUUGCCUCCUCCCUUUACAUAGAGGCUAUCUUCUUCUACCUCUUGGUCUCCUCGCCAACAGCUCAGGGAGCUCUCAUCUGCUGCCUCCACCUCCGAUGAACUAGCCGAGCCUUCUUUCCCCUCCUUCAUCGUCUUCUUGGUCCAGAUCUGAGCUGACAAGCAGCUAGCCACGACCCAAGAGAAGGAAGGGUCAGUCAGGCGGCGGCGGCAAUGGACAUGACCGGUGUGGCCGUGGCGGACAGCCCUAGCAGCGUCGUCGGAGGAACGUCGUCCGCGUUGGGGGCGCCGCGGCCGAGCAGGUACGAGUCGCAGAAGCGGCGUGACUGGCAGACGUUCGGGCAGUACCUGCGGAACCACCGGCCGCCGCUAGAGCUUGCCCGGUGCAGCGGCGCGCAUGUCCUGGAGUUCCUACGCUACCUCGACCAGUUCGGCAAGACCAAGGUGCACGCGGCGGGGUGCCCCUUCUUCGGCCACCCCUCGCCGCCUGCGCCAUGCCCGUGCCCGCUGAAGCAAGCGUGGGGCAGCCUUGACGCGCUGGUGGGCCGCCUCCGCGCCGCCUUCGAGGAGCACGGCGGCCGGCAGGAGGCCAAUCCGUUCGGCGCGCGCGCCGUUAGGCUCUACCUCCGCGACGUCCGCGACAGCCAGGCCAAGGCGCGCGGCAUCGCCUACGAGAAGAAGCGACGGAAGAGGAAUCCGGCGUCGAAGCAGAAGACACGGCAGGGGCAGGAGGAGACGCAGGUCGAGGUGGUGAGGCACUGUGGCAUGGUGGAUCACCCGGCGGCGCACGCGCAGUACCUGUUCCCUAUGCAUUCGCAGUACCUGUUCCAGGGCCACUUCCUGGCGCCGGCUCCCGACGGGGAUCCCGCCGGAGCGCUGGAGGGCGGCGUGGUUCACGGCGCAGGGGAGGACAUAGUGAUGGUCAUGGCGGCGGCGGCCGCGGCCGCCGAGUCUCACGCGGCGGGUUGCAUGAUGCCGCUGCCGCUCUCCGUGUUCAACUAGCUCGAAUGAUCGAUGCAAUGCUCCAUGUAGAAAGUUAAAUUAAGUAGGACUGAGUAAGUUAAUUAAGUAUGCGGGUUUAUUUUGCUAAUGGCGGCGAUGCCUCGUUAGGCUGAGUUGUCUCGACAUUUGGAACACAGCUAGCUCUAGGUUUGUUCCAACUCUUCCUCGAGUAGUCGACUACUAGCACUUGUGGUGAACGUAUGAAAUUGCCUUCUUGAUUUAAA